AUGAAAACUAUCAAUGAUAUAAUCUUCGAUAAUUUCAUUUAUCGUCUUGCUCGGUUUUGGUUUUUUAUUCUUUAUGAUAUGACAGGUGCACAUCUUGCCAUAUCUUUACCUCAUGCACAUCUCAUGUCAUUUAUUCAUCCAUUUUCAAGAACUAUUGAAUAUAAUAUUUAUUGGUUAAUUGAGAAUUUUUAUUUUCAAAAUCGACCACAAUUACAAAAAAUUCUCAUUUUUUGUUCAUCAAAUGAAGAACAAGAUUAUUGGACGAAAUGGACGGAAAGAUAUCGACAUAAAAUUCAAGAACCUUUUUUACAUAAUGAACUCGAUAUCAAUUUGUUAUUGUUCGGUCUUAAACAUAUUAAAACAGUUCAAAAACAAUUUUUCAAUGAUCAUGGAAUUUUAAAUCGAAUUCAGGAAGAUAAAAGACUAAUUAAACACGCAUUAGCCAAUUAUUUUCAUCAAAGAGUAAUUGAAGAGGACGAUAAAACCAAACAAAGUGAAGAAGCACAAUCGUAA